AAGUCCUAGACUUUGAACAACCGUGUGUGAAGAGCUUGAAAUUCAGCCCCAUCUUUCCAUUCAACCCUCUUGUUGUUGUUAUUAUUAUAUAUAUAAGAACAUCAAGAACUCACAUUACCAUUCACAAAGCUACCAUUUACAAGUCUUUCUCUGAUAUUUUCUGAUAUCGGUUCUCAAAAUCUUUGGCAAUGUUCAAUUGGAGGAGAAGAAAGACCACAGGCCGUCAUGGCGAGAAAAGGCGGCAGCAGCAGCAGCAGCAGCAUAAGGAGCUUGAGAUCCCAAGGCAUUUUCUGUGCCCGAUAACUCUUGACCUUAUGAAGGAUCCUGUCACAUUGUCUUCUGGGAUUACUUACGAUCGAGAAAGCAUCGAGACGUGGCUCGAGGAUGGGAAUUUCACCUGCCCUGUUACAAACCAGCUUCUCAGAAGUUUUGAUCAGAUACCUAAUCACUCUCUCAGGAAAAUGAUUCAAGAUUGGUGUGUAGAGAAUGGGAAAUAUGGCGUUGAAAGGAUCCCUACACCAAGAAUUCCUGUCACCUCAGAAGAGGUCUCCGAAAUCCUUUUUGCGAUUAUGGAUUCCAGUAGACGCCUGGAUCAAUGUGGCUGCCUAGAUUCUGUGCAGAAAAUCAAGAAAUGGUGCAUGGAAAGUGAGCGAAAUAGGCGGUGCAUUACAGCAAACGAGACAGCUGGAGUCCUCGCUGCCGCAUUUGACGCUUUUGCAAGUGACUCUUUUGAGAGGAAUGCCAAUGUGUUGGAGGAGAUACUAUGUGUACUGAACUGGAUGUUCCCGCUCGAUGGGGAAGCUCUGGAACACCUGGGCUCACAAGCUUCUUUGCGUUGCAUGGUUUGGUUUCUGAAAUGCAGGGACCUUUCAGUGAAGCAAAACUCCAUGACUGCGCUGAAAGAGCUUCUUUCUUGCGACCAGCAAUAUGGAGAAGGGUUGGCGGCUAUCGAUGGGGUCAAUGAAAUGCUAUUUAAAUUCAUUAAAGACCCAAUAUCUCCUUCAAUCACAAAAGCUUCUCUCAUGGUUAUUUUCCACAUGGUUUCAUAUUGUUCUUCAAGUGAGAAGAUCAAGUCAGAAUUUCUUGACAUGGGUCUGGUUUCUUUACUGCUGGAGACUAUUGUCGAAUCUGAAAGAAGCCUAUGUGAGAGGGCUUUAGGUGUCCUUGACAAACUCUGUGAUUCCAAACAAGGGAGGGAAGUUGCUUACAAUAACGCUCUGGCCAUGCCAGUUCUGGUGAAGAAAAUCUUGCGUGUUUCAGAAUUAGCGACCGAGUACUCUGUUUCAACGAUUUGGAAGCUGAGCAAAGAGGAAGAAAGGGUUUUGAUUGAAGCUCUUCAAGUCGGCGCCUUUCAAAAGCUAUUGUUACUCAUACAGGUCGGGUGUGCCGAUGAGACAAAAGAGAAAGCAACUGAGCUUUUGAAGCUCUUGAAUCCUUACAGAGCUGGAUUGGAGUGCAUCGACUCUGUAGAUUUCAAGAGCCUCAAGAGAUCAUUUUAAAUUUUGGAUACCAAAUUCUUUAUUCUUUAAAAAAUCCAAGCAAAGACCAACUGCUCGGAUUGUAAGGGCUUUCGAUUUGUUGUACAAACUCAGAAAAUGAUUACCAGAUAUUUGUUUGUCUUUUA